GAUGACAGUCAAUCGGGUGAAGAAGAAGAAGAGGGCAAUGUGAUCCGUGUGGAGAUAGGUGGUGAGACACCUGAAGAGAAAGCCAAAAGGUUAUUGUUGGCCAUGAGAAAGAAACCGAUAACCAGUAAAGAUCGUGCUAUACGAAUGGAAAUUCAUAAAUUACAUGUUGUCUGUCUUCUGGCGAGUGCUAGAAUACGAAAUAGGUGGUGUUCAAACUCCCUUCUAAAGGCCAGAUUACUCUCUCUUCUCCCUCAUCCACUACAAGCGGCAUUCAAUAUCCCUCCUUCACGUUUCCCCGAUAGAGCACAACGUUCCAGACUUUUCUUCGAGGCUUUACAAUCUUUAGUCACUUGGUGGUCUCAAUCGUUUUUCGACAUUCCCGAUUAUACCAUAGGUUUGAGGACUAGACCAUGGGAUGAAGUACAAGAGAUCAUUGAUAAUCUUCCUCCCUUGACCAAGACCGAUUUCCUCACUCCCACUUUCAAUCUCCAAUCAAUCUCCUUAACAUCCACGAAUAACAACCAUCAAACUCCUUCGUCCAGGGAGAAAGGAAAAGGUAGAGAACAAACAUCACCUGCUUCUAGUAAAAAAGGUAAACAAAAGGAAAUGGAAGAUGUCUGGAUAGAACAAAUAGGAGAAGGAGCAGGGGGCGAGAGAUUGAGAAGCGUCAAUAGUUUGAUGAAGAAAGCUUUACAACAAGAAGGUUCGAGAGAUGUUUCAGCUCAAUUGUUCGUAGCUCUCGCAAGAGCUUGUGGUUUAGGGACAAGGUUGGUAUAUUCGAUACAGGCUGUACCAUGGAGAGCGGAGAAGUCUUUAGUUAAGAAGAAACCUACCGGAGCGGGGAGUGGAGGAAAGACUGUAGCAAGUCGACAAGGUAAUGGAGAUGAUGAGGACAGAACUGCUGGAGAAACAGAAUUGGCAGAAAAAGAAGUCUUGGGGAGUAAAAUGGAGGAAUCGGGGAAACCAAUUAGGGCAGCUGGGAAAAGACGUUUACAAGAUCCGGCAGAUUUGUACAGGUUGAGGAAACAGAAACCGACCAUCACACCAAAGAAGAAAGUCAAGACGAAGCAAGAUCUGAAAUCGCAACCUCCUGUAUUUUGGGCAGAAGUGUUCAGUCGGUCGGAUCAAAGAUGGAUCCCUGUGGAUCCUGUUUCCGGGAUUAUAAGGAAGAAAGCGCAUUACGAACCUAAUAAUGAUAGUGGGUUAGUGAGGAUGACUUAUGUCGUGGCGUUUGAAGAGGAAACAGAUGGCCACGCUAGAGAUGUAACAUUAAGAUAUGCGAAGAAUUUCGGUGCGAAAACUUCAAAACUUCGUAUUCCUCCAAAGAAGGAUGAAGAGGAUUGGUGGAAUGGAGUGGUCAGGUUUUUAGAAAGACCUUAUCGAUUGAAACGAGACGAUUUAGAAGAUGCUGAGUUGGAAACUAGUCAUUUUUCAGAAGGCAUGCCGUUACAUAUGAAUGGAUUUAAAGAUCAUCCCAUAUACGUACUCGAACGUCAUUUAAAAAGAGAUCAAGUCUUAAAUCCUCGACGUGAAAUAGGUAGGUUCAAAGGUGAACCUGUCUUUCGUCGUUCUUCAGUACAACAAUGUAAAACGUCUGAGAAUUGGAUGAGAAUGGGUAGAAAGAUUAGAGAUAAACAAGAACCUUUGAAAUGGGUAAAACAACGUGCUGUCACUAUACAAAAGAGAAGAGCACAGGAAUUGGUAAGAUUGGAAGGUGGUGAAGAGGUACAACAAGGUUUAUAUGCCGAAUGGCAAACUGAGUUGUAUAGACCUGAACCUAUAAGGGAUGGAAUCAUACCUACCAACACAUUUGGUAACCUAGAUUUAUACGUACCUACUAUGCUUCCCUUAGGAGCUGUUCAUCUCCCAUAUCAAGGUAUUGCCAAAGUUACCAAACAACUAGGUAUCAGUUAUGCCGAAGCUUGUACCGGGUUUGAAUUCAAAAACCAACGUGCUAUACCGGUCAUCACGGGAAUUGUGGUUGCGGAGGACAUGGAGAGUAUUGUCUUGGAGGCAUAUUGGGAAUCCGAAGCUGCUGCUAUGGAAAGAAGUAGGGUCAAAGCGGAAGAUCGAGCUUUGAAACGUUGGAAGAAGUUGAUCAACGGGCUUCGUGUUAAGCGGCGACUUCAAGAGGAAUAUGGACAAGGAGAUGGGGUGAGUUCUUCCGGCUGA